AUGUCAAAAAGAUCUGCUAAUGAAGUGUCACAGGAAAUUGCCAAUGAUGUGAUUGAAUUCGGUGUCAACGAAGAAUCAAGUUCAACUUUCAGCAAUACUAAAAAGUUGAAAAGUUUUGAUCAUAGUACUUUAUCUGAACCUAUCAGUUCCAUGAAUAUUAUACCAACAGAUAAUUUCGCUACACGUAAAACUUCAGGAUAUCAACCAAAAAAUUCUUCUUCUUCUUCUAAAACAACAGCAAAUGUACCUUCGAGUUUUGAGCAGGAGUUACAAAAUAUGAAAAAACAAAGCAACCAGAGACAAGUUUGGACCAGAUCCCAAUUACCACAGGAUUUUAAUGCUGAAAACUAUGAUAUUUCUUUCCAGCAAUUGGAUGCAGAACAAGCUAAUUUGCCUGGUCAAAACGACGAUGGAACUUCCUAUGUAGUUAGACUUUUUGGUGUUACCGACUCUGGCCAUUCCAUUUUGUGCAAUGUCACUGGAUUUAAGCACUAUUUAUAUGUUCCUGCUCCUAUUAAUUUUUCUGAAAGUGAUAUCCCUUCUUUUGUUGAAUAUCUACAAAAAACAUUUGAUCGUGAAGGUGGUGUGCAUUCCAUCGAAUUUGUUUAUAAAUAUAGUAUUUGGGGCUACAAUGGUGCACAAAAAUUACCCUUUUUGAAAAUUUAUACUCCAAUACCGAGCACAGUUAAUAAACUUAGAACAGCCUUUGAAAGGGGCAAUAUUUCAUUUAAUGAUGAUUGGUUUGGUAGUGGUACCACUACCUAUGAUAAUAUCGCGUAUCCGCUAAGACUAAUGAUUGAUUGUGGGAUUGUUGGCAUGUCGUGGAUUACCUUAAACCGGGAGCACUAUACCUUGAUCCCUGAAAAUGAAAGGGUUAGUAACUGUCAAAUUGAGGUCAAGGUAAAUUACAAAGACUUAAUUGCCCAUCCAUCUGAUGGGGAAUGGUCGAAGAGUGCUCCUUUGCGAAUUUUAUCCUUUGAUAUUGAAUGUGCUGGUAGAGUUGGCGUGUUCCCGGAGCCUGCGAUCGAUCCUGUUAUACAGAUAGCCAAUGCUGUUUCUAUUACAGGCGAGAGCAAACCUUUUAUUAGAAACGUUUUUACUGUUAAUACUUGUUUACCAAUCACCGGGUCGGAAAUUUAUGAUUAUGAGAAGGAGGAAGAUAUGUUAAUGCAUUGGAAAAAGUUUCUGGUCAAAGUAGAUCCAGAUGUUGUUAUUGGUUAUAACACUACUAAUUUUGAUUUACCAUAUUUAGUUCAAAGAGCAGAAUCUUUGGGUUUAAAUGAGUUCCCGUUUUUUGGCAGAUUAACUAAUGUUAGACAAGAAAUUAAAGAAACUGUUUUCUCAUCAAAGGCAUAUGGUACAAGAGAAUCAAAAACCAUUAAUAUAGAUGGCAGAUUGCAGUUUGACUUACUACAAUUCAUCCAGCGUGAGUAUCAAUUAAGAUCUUACACUUUGAAUUCUGUGUCUGCUCAUUUUUUGGGGGAACAAAAGGAAGAUGUACACCACAGUAUUAUUACAACAUUAUAUCAUGGUGAUAGUGAAACUAGAAGGCGACUAGCAGUUUACUGUUUGAAAGAUGCCUAUUUGCCUCUAAGGCUUUUGGAAAGGCUAAUGGGCUUGGUUAAUUACACGGAAAUGGCCCGUGUUACCGGUGUUCCAUUUUCAUAUCUAUUAACUCGUGGUCAGCAAAUAAAGGUUAUUUCCCAAUUGUUUAGAAAAUGUUUGACUAUUGACACGGUUAUACCUAAUAUAUCAAGCCAAGGGUCUGAUGAACAAUACGAAGGUGCUACCGUUAUUGAACCUAAACGGGGGUAUUACGAUGUUCCUAUUGCUACAUUGGAUUUUAACUCUUUGUACCCAAGUAUUAUGAUGGCCCACAAUUUGUGCUACACUACCUUAUGUAACAAACAGACGGUGGAAAGAUUGCACUUAGUUAAAGAUGAGGAUUAUAUUAUAACUCCAAAUGGCGAUUAUUUUGUCACUACUAAACUUAAAAAGGGUAUUUUGCCUGAAAUUUUAGAAGAAUUACUAGGUGCAAGAAAAAGGGCUAAGAAAGAUAUGAAAAAUGAAACUGAUCCCUUUAAGAAAAAUGUUUUGAAUGGUAGACAAUUAGCCUUAAAGAUUUCUGCAAAUUCCGUCUAUGGGUUUACCGGCGCUACGGUCGGUAAGCUACCAUGCUUAGCAAUCUCAUCCUCGGUUACCUCAUUUGGCCGUGAAAUGAUUUUAAAAACUAAAAAUGCGGUGCAAGAAAAAUACUCGAUAAAAAAUGGUCACGAGCAUGAUGCAGUUGUUGUUUAUGGUGACACAGAUUCUGUCAUGGUGAAAUUUGGUACCGCUGAUUUAAAGGAGUCCAUGAGAUUGGGUACUGCUGCAGCUGCAUAUGUUUCUUCAUUAUUUAAGCAUCCAAUUAACCUAGAAUUUGAGAAAUGUUAUUACCCCUAUUUGUUGAUCAACAAGAAAAGAUAUGCUGGAUUGUACUGGACCAAUCCAGAAAAAUACGAUAAAUUAGACCAAAAAGGGUUAGCAUCUGUUCGUCGUGAUUCAUGUCCCUUGGUUUCUGUCGUAAUGAAUAAAGUAUUGAAGAUGAUUUUAAUUAAUAAGGAUGUUGAUGGUGCUUUGGUAUAUAUCAAUAGUAUCAUUAAUGGAAUUUUGCAAAAUGAAAUUGAUACUGCACAAUUAAUCAUCUCAAAAAAACUAGCACCAAAUUAUAAGAAUCCGCAACCACAUGCAGUUCUAGCUGAUCGCAUCAAACAAAGGGAAGGGGUUGGUCCUAACGUGGGUGAUCGUGUUGAUUAUGUUAUUAUGGCUGGUAAUGACAAAUUAUUCAAUCGUGCAGAAGAUCCAUUGUAUGUUUUGGAAAACAAUAUUCCCAUUGACUCCAAGUAUUAUCUAAAUAAUCAGUUACAAAACCCAAUUAUAAGUAUAAUUGCUCCUAUUAUUGGAGAAAAACAGGCAACUUCCAUGUUUGUUGUGAAAUCUAUCAAAAUUUCCACACCUAAGAGCACUGGGGGGCUAAUGGGAUUUAUGAGGAAAGUCGAAACGUGCAAAAAUUGUAAGAAACCUUUGGAAAAGGGAGAAGGUCCUCUCUGUAAAGGGUGUCAAAAUCAAACGACGGAAUAUUAUGCUAAAGCUCUAUACAAAGUAAGAUCUUUAGAAGAAAAGUUUUCACGUUUGUGGACUCAAUGUCAACGUUGUUCAGGUAGUUUACACAAUGAAGUUUUAUGUUCAAAUAAAAAUUGCGAUAUUUUUUAUAUGCGUGUUAAGACGAGGAAAGAAUUACAAGAAAAAGUGAUCGAAUUGGGCAAAUGGUGA